CACCAGGCACGACAGGUUUUUGUCGACGAAGUGUUAGACAGAAGAGAAGGAUUGCCAGGAAUUGCUUCCAUGAGAAUUCCAGCUGUUUCAGCUGUCGAGUCGUCUUUGUUUCAAUUCUGACUUCACGGACUCUCUCCGAACAAGAUUCGCAUCACGCACAGAAUUGAUUGGUCUGGAACUAUCGAGCGAUCUCAUCUAUCAGCCUUGUGGACGUCGUUCUUCAAGAGGUAGCGACGCUUACUGGGGGUCUUUUUGCUGUCAAUGGCAAGGGAGAAGCGUCCUCUGGAAAAAGAUGCAGCAACUGAAGGAAUGCCGGAGGGAAAGCGACAGCGUGUACCCGCGUUAGCCAGCGUGAUCGUGGAAGCGGUCAAAAUGGAUAGUCUUCAAAAGCUUUGCUCCACUCUCGAACCUUUACUUCGUCGGGUGGUAGGAGAGGAAGUGGAGCGUGUCCUUGCUAAGUUGUCUCCUGCCAAAGUAGGUUUCAGAUCGUCCCCCAAAAGGAUUCAGGGUCCAGAUGCCAGAAGCCUGCGCCUUCAGUUCAGGAACAAAUUGUCGCUCCCCCUUUUUACGGGAAGCAAGGUCGAAGGGGAACAAGGAUCUGCUAUUCAUGUUGUAUUGCAAGACGCAAGCUCAGGCGAGGUCGUGACUGGAGGUGCAGAAGCCUCUGCAAAGUUGGAAAUUGUAGUUCUUGAAGGCGACUUUUCUCUUGACGAUGACGAAGACUGGCCCCAAGAAGACUUCGAAAACCAUGAAGUUCGAGAACGUGAUGGUAAAAGGCCGCUCCUGACAGGAGAUCUUUCCGUGACUUUGAAAGAAGGCGUUGGGACUCUAGGGGAACUGACUUUUACGGAUAACUCCAGCUGGAUAAGAAGUCGAAAGUUUCGGUUGGGAGUGAAAAUCUCGUCUGGCUAUUGCGAGGGUCUCCGCAUUCGCGAAGCAAAGACUGAUGCGUUUACGGUUAAGGAUCAUCGUGGGGAAUUGUACAAGAAACACUACCCACCAGCACUGCACGAUGAGGUUUGGCGUCUCGACAAAAUUGGAAAGGAUGGAGCUUUCCACAAGCGACUGAAUCAGUCUGCAAUUCAGACCGUGGAAGAUUUCUUGAGGCUUGUUGUAAUGGACCCUCAGAAGCUUCGAAACAUAUUGGGAAAUGGGAUGUCUAAUAAAAUGUGGGAAGGAACGGUGGAGCACGCCAAGACUUGUCUUCUUAGUGGUAAACUGCAUGUGUACUAUGCAGAUGACAAGCAAAACAUUGGAGUAAUAUUCAACAACAUUUUCCAGCUUAUGGGCCUGAUAGCUGAUGGGCAGUACAUGUCUUUUGACUCUCUCUUGGAUAAUGAGAAGGUCUAUGUGGACAAACUUGUGAAGGUGGCGUAUGAAAACUGGGAAAAUGUCGUGGAAUAUGAUGGUGAAGCUCUCAUUGGUGUUAAACCGGAUAAGUUAAGGGGAAUCGACGCCCACACGGAGGAUCCAAUCGGCGGUCAAGGUCCGAUUGGACAACAAAGUCUGACAAGUAUCUCCACUCAGCAUGCUGUUUCUUCUUCUCAAAUAUUGGCCUUGCAACGAACACAAGGAGGUGUCCAGAUCUAUUCUCAACCUGAACAGAAGGUUCAUACGAAGUUCUUCAACCAAGUCAACUCGUUAACAGAGCAUCACAACAACAACCAGGGUGUCAUGAAUGGAGAAUUGGCGUUUUCUUCCACUCAGUCUUCCAUGAGCAGCAUUGCACAUCACAAUUACAUACAAGGAAUAAGUGCGCCUGUAACUGGGUUGGCCCUUGGUUUGCCUCACGCGAGCAUAUCAUCAUCUCCAGGUCCAUCACUAGCCGUACUGAAUCCAGCUACUACCAUGCCCGGAACGGUCACGUCAGGAAGUGACUGGCCUCGCUUUAAGGAACUCCGCGGACAAGAAAGUUUGUCUCGGGCAGUGCAGCUUGAUGAGGAGUUUACAGAAGAUGAACUACGAGCUAAAAGUAUGGAAAUGUUGGAAAAUGAAGAUAUGCAUAUGCAGAUUCAGCAACUGCUUCGUAUGUUCAACGUUGCGUCUGGCGAUGUUCCGUCCAAUCCUUAUCCCAACGUCCAUGGGGACGAAAGCUUUUCAUUUGGAGCAUUUUCGCCGCCACCAGAUCUGAAUGUUGGUAUGGAUAGAACUCGCUUGAAUGGGAGGGCCAAUGUGGGUUGGUUAAAACUGAAAGCCGCUUUGCGAUGGGGAAUUUUUAUAAGGAAGAGGGCUGCUGCAAGAAGGGCUCAACUUGAGGAGUUGGAAGAUGAUUGAUUCCGUUGGAAACAAGCCACAGCGAAUUUUAAUCCGUCUUUGGAGAACAGAUUUGGUGAUUUUGACACUUUCUUGCAGAUAAAAGUGUCAAAAGGGUAUCCUAGUAAAUAGCUCCAGAGGAUUGUUAAGUCGCUGAAGGUUCUUGGAUGUGAAUAAGAUUUUGGGGUUGGGAAGUACUUUAUUAUCUCAGUCUGUUUGGCCUAUGUUGUCACUACAUGUAAUGAUUUUGGUUUGGAGUAAAAUCCUGCGGAAUAGUACUGGCUUGGAAAACAAAAGAUUCAUGUCUUUCCUUUCAAAGUUAAGGAGGGCUUUUACUUUUGAAGACAGUUACGGAAGAUCAUACGGCCAUCAAGGUGGGGCGAUGGUGCACUACUGCGCUCAGAUAAUGCACUCAAGCUCUUACCGAUGUGUUAGUCAGAUAUCCGCACUACCCUGUUCUUUAGCAGGUCUUUAUGAAUGGCUCACGCGGAGGACGGUUCCAGUGAGAAAUUCAUGUUUUGUUUGGUGCAGCUUUUAAGUCAGAUAGUAGUCUAACACUUUUGAGAAUCGGUUUUGAAAUGUUAUUAAGAUAAGAAAAGAUUUUUGUUUUGAGU